AUGUCGAGAUCGUGGUCGGCGACGUUGAGAUUACCAAAAUCCACGUUUCCCCCGAGACCUCUCCCUACUGUCCGGGAUCAGUAUAUCAAGCGAUGUGCUGACGAUCUCUACCAAUGGCAGAAGGAAAACCGGCCCCCCGAUGACGAUUUUGUCCUUCACGAUGGCCCGCCUUACGCCAAUGGCAACCUUCAUGUAGGCCAUGCCUUGAACAAGAUCCUGAAGGACAUGGUCCUGAGGGUCAAACUAUCGCAAGGCCGAAGAGUAGAUUACAUCCCGGGAUGGGACUGUCACGGUCUCCCCAUCGAGCUCAAAGCUCUAGAAAAAUGGGGCACUAAGCUUGAACCAGCGCAGCUCCGGCAAAGGGCUCGAGAACUAGCCGAGUCCAAUGUCCUGAAGCAGAUGCACGACUUUAGGUCGUACGGUGUUAUGGCGGACUGGGAUCAGAAGUGGACGACGAUGGAUCUACAUUUCGAGAUACGACAGCUCCGUCUGUUCCGGGAAAUGUUCAGGAGAAGUCUCAUCUCCCGCAGAUUCAAGCCUGUUUACUGGUCGCCCUCCUCAAAGACGGCUUUGGCUGAAGCCGAGUUGGAAUACCGCAACAAUCACGUUUCAAAGGCUGCUUGGGUCAGGUUUCCUAUCACUGAAGAAUGGAGAAACCUCCCUCGGUUCCAAUGUCUCAAUGACAUAGAGGGGCCGCUGUAUGCCGUGAUCUGGACGACGACGCCAUGGACGCUUCCCGCCAACAGAGCGAUCGCUGUCCGAGAGGAAAUGCAAUAUGAUUUCGUUCACUACAAGGGCACUAGCCUGCUGGUAGCCCAGAAUCUACUCGACACUCUCAUCUCUAAACUCGGCGCGAAGGAGGAUUUCGAGGUUUUGGGAACAUUCAAGGGUGGGGACUUAACUGCCUUGAAGUACACCAACCGACUCCGGGGUAAGACCGCUCCACCACAACCGAUAAUACACGCCGACUUCGUGACAGCGGACUCGGGGUCUGGAUUAGUACAUCUCGCUCCUGGCCACGGAUUCGACGACUAUGAAGUAUGCCGGGCCCAUGGCAUACCUGCGGCCACCUCCAUAGAUGACGAAGGAAAGUUCACCGCAGAGGCCUUCCCUGAUGCCCCUGAACUAUUACAGUCGGCUCCAUCCGUGAUAGAGGGUGGCGGCCAAAAUGUUCUUGACCUUCUCAAACCAUACGGCGACGUCUUACUAGUGGAGAAAUACGUGCACAAGUAUCCUUACGACUGGCGAACGAAGAAGCCAGUCGUGAUCCGAGCUACCGAGCAAUGGUUCGCUAGUGUGGCAUCUAUCAAAAAAGAAGCCGUCAAGGCCAUCAACAAGAUCCGCUGCUUUCCCGAGACAGGUCGAAGUAGGCUUAAGAGUUUCGUCCAAGGCCGAAGCGAGUGGUGCAUAUCGCGCCAGCGUGCCUGGGGAGUUCCUAUCCCGGUUUUGUAUGACGAGAAGGGAGCGGUUGUGGCGGACCUUCGUGUGAUCAGCCAUAUCAUCUCUGUGAUUGAAGGGCGAGGUAGUAGCGAUUCUUGGUGGGAGGAUCCCCCGGACAGCCAAGACUGGGUACCGAGCGAGAUAAGGAACAAAGGGAUAUAUCGGCGAGGCAGGGACACCAUGGAUGUAUGGUUCGACAGCGGCAGCAGUUGGACCAUGAUGAAGGGCCGUGCGAAUGUAUAUUUAGAGGGGUCCGACCAACAUCGUGGUUGGUUCCAGUCUAGUCUCCUCACGCGAAUCGCCGUAGUCGCUGAAAAGAACGAGAAGGGAGCCCCUUUCAAACAGUUGAUCACCCAUGGCUUUACCCUGGAUCAACACGGCAAGAAGAUGUCCAAGUCUCUGGGAAAUAUCAUAGAGCCGCAGCAGGUCAUGGACGGUUCUCUCCUACCACCCAUCAAACCGAAGAAAGGCAAGACAGGGUCUCCAGGAUCACCCACUUUCGAUGCAUUAGGCCCAGAUGCUCUUAGAUUAUGGGCUGCAAGCAGCGACUAUACCCGAGAUGUGACUAUUGGUGUUCCCGUUCUCGGCGCUAUCCAUAUAGCACUGAUCAAAUACCGCACUACCAUCAAGAUGCUUCUAGGCUCACUACACGAAUCCGCUAGAACUUCACCUCUAACCACGGCGGAUCAUAUUGCCAUUAUACAGAUAGAGGAUACGAUGCAAGAAGUGCUCCAUUCAUUCAGAAAGCACGAAUUCUUCAAGGGAUUCGCCGCCUUGAAUCGGUGGAUAACGAACGACUUGUCGGCUUUCUAUAUUGAAGCCUCCAAGGAUCGACUAUAUUGUGGCGACGGAGGAGGCGUCCUCGAACCUUUGUUGACUGGAUUCCUGCGUAUGUUGGCACCAAUGACACCGUUACUGGUUGAAGAGGCGUGGGACCACCGCCCCGAGUGGAUGAAGAACGACUCAUCUUUGGUCCAUCCUUUCCACCAACUUUACAAGGACCCUAUUAUUGAUAAGACGCGUCUCACCCGUGAUUUAGACGUCUUACGGAAACACUUACCAGUGCUCAUGUCCGCCCACGCAGCCAUAAAAUCCGGACUGGAGGCCGCGCGAACUGACAAAGUCUUGGGAUCGUCGCUCCAGUGUUCAGUCAUCAUCACUGUUUCAGACCCCGCUGUUCCAGACCCCGCCAUAAAAAAACCCGCCAAAAAAGAACCCGCCAUAAAAGACGCGCUGGAGGCUUACGCUGACGAGCUAGAUGGCAUGUUCGUCGUCUCCUCGGUCGAGCUCAACGCCACCGUCCCGGAUGACGCAGCGUGGUCUUACGUUCGGGACUUCGAGGUGGAAAGUGGCAAGGGAACCGUAGUGGUUCUGCCGCCGAAGCAGGCGAAGUGCCCCCGUUGCUGGCGCUAUGUUGCGCCGGCAGAGGACCAGCCGUGCCAGCGGUGCGAGGAGGUGGUGGCCAAUAACCCUGUAGAAUAG